CUUGCUUGACUCUCUUGCAAAUUCAGUCUUCACCACAUCUCCCCAACCUUCCAAGCAAUUGAAGAUGCCGUCAACAUUUUGAAAUUUAACAGCUACGUAACUCAAGACUGAGAAGGAAAAAUGAAACUGGCACUCAUAUCAGUGCACAAGAGAGGGCCUUUUGGUAUCAGCUCCCCUUAUAAAGCCUCAAGGCUCCUAAUUUCUCCCUCAACAUCGAGUCAGCCAGCUUAUUGCCUUCGGGCAUUAUCCUUGGAGGCUGGCGAGGGCAAAUCUGGCCAUAUUCAUAUUGAUUCCAAUGAAGGCGUCCUGUUUUUUGGGAAUGUAUUUCCGCUGCGAUUCAAAUGGCUGCUGCGCUUGCCGUGGCAGGCGGAAGACAUACUCGGCAAGAUGAUUAAGGUCACCCUUUCGAAAUCUAAGAAGAAUCCAUUGGACAUUGUACAAAACCUAAAAAUGCCAAUCAAAGUGACUGAAGUCCUUCCAAGGUUCAAAGAAGGUGGCGCAUUCGUCAAAUUCACAUAUGGAAGUAGUAUCUCAGCCGAGGAAUUUGAGACCAGAAUAUCGGAUUAUCUAAAAUCAGAAGGCAUCAGGCCGUGGUGGAAUCCUUUUGAUCGCGUACGUGCUAGUCUAGUUCGUGGAAAACCAUGGGUGGAGGAUCUUUAUCGCUUGCCCAGCACUAGGAUAAGAGUCGAAUUCGUUGCCACUGAUCCUAACGGUGACGCAGUCGAGCUCUCACAAGAGCAGCUGUACAGCUUCUUUAGACCAUAUGGCAAGCUUGUCGAUAUAAUUCCACAGCCGCCUGACUCUAAGUUACUCCCACGCUUUGCGUAUGUUGACUUUGCCAACAUUCACAAAGCGAUCAUGGCCAAAAAUUGCCUUCAUGGUAUAAUCAUACCGGAGGCUGAAGGGGGUGGUAAAUGUGGAACUGUCUUGCGACUCGUGUAUGAGCGUAAAGCAAAGACAAACUGGGUGUGGGAUUGGGUCUCCACGCAUACUCGCGUUGUGCUCCCUGUUGCCGCCGCACUUGUAGCAGGAGUCACUGUGGCAAUUUUUGACCCGAUUCGAACGUGGUUUAUUAAGAUACAUGUUACACGACAAUUCGAUAUCUCAGACAACAAGUUCUAUCGUUGGUUUAAAGCACAAACUACCGACCUUUUCCAUCGCAGGUCUACUGAUGAGGCUGGAAUGGAUGUCAUUUGGAACGAUCGCAAGGCCAACAUAGACCAGAUUCGAGGCUGGCUCCUUGAAUCCUCGGAUACUUUCAAUAUUGUUCAAGGUCCACGCGGCUCGGGGACAAGAGAACUUGUCAAGGAAGCACUCAAGCAUCGCAAGUAUAAGUUGGUGGUUGACUGUAAACAAAUACAAGAAGCGCGAGGCGAUUCUGCAACUAUAUCUGCCGCUGCUGCAGAAGUAGGUUAUCGACCCGUGUUCUCCUUCAUGAAUAACAUUAGUGGUUGGGUUGACCUAGCCGCACAAGGAGCUACGGGCGUGAAAACUGGCUUUUCGGAAACUCUCGAGACACAAUUGGUGAAAAUAUGGAACAAUACAGCGACCGCACUAAAAUAUAUUGCGCUUGAGUCUCGGAAGGAAAAUGGGAAAGAUGCGAAUCUAUCUGACGAUGAAUAUCUUGAAGCUCAUCCGGAGCGACGGCCUGUUGUGGUAAUCGAUAACUUUCUGCACAAGAGUCAGGAUAAUCCCAUCAUUUAUGACAAGAUUGCAGAAUGGGCGGCAAGGCUGACGACUGCAAACAUUGCACACGUGAUCUUCUUAACUAACGAUAUGUCCUUUUCAAAAUGCUUGAAUAAGGCCUUGCCUGAUCGUGUCUUCAGACAGAUAUCUCUUAGCGAUGCUUCACCUGCAGCUGCUAAGCAGUAUGUAAUCUCUCACAUCGACAGUGAGGGUGACCUGAGUGAUGACCCGGAAAAUCCGGGCAAGGAGCUCUUACCAUCUCAGCGGAGAAGAGAUUUAAACGAGUUGGAUGAAUGCAUAGAUAGCAUCGGGGGUAGACUUAGUGACCUCGAGUUCUUGGCCCGUCGUAUAAAGGCUGGCGAAACUCCUCGUAAAGCCGUCCGAGAAAUGAUCGAGCAGUCAGCAUCCGAAAUUUUCAAAAUGUAUCUCACUGUUCAGGAUGACAGGAGUUCUCGCAAAUGGACGGCAGAACAGGCUUGGUAUGUCAUCAGAUGUUUGGCAGAGUCCGAUUCGGGGAUCCUCCGCUAUAACGAAAUAAUACUCGCUGAUGUCUUCAGAGGAUCGGGAGACGCAAUUCUGCGAGCACUUGAACAAGCUGAACUGAUCUCCAUAAUGGUUGCCAGGAACGGGAGGCCACGGGCAGUGAAGCCUGGAAAGCCUAUCUUUCUUCCUGCCUUUAAGCAUCUAUCAGAAGACUCUGUUCUCCGAAGCCGGCUAGACUUGGGAAUUUUAGGUGAACUAAUCAGAACAGAAACUGCAGCAGUUGAGAAAUAUGAAAACGAACUGAAACUACUCGGCGACUUACAGAGAACGCCAGGCGAGAUUGUACCUCGUGUUCGAUGGUUACUUGACAAGCUUGCUGCGAGUCAAAAAAAAGUGGAGAGUUAUGAGCUGGAAAGAAAUAGCUUGAAAAAAAUAUUCAAAGACGAAUUUUGACGCGCGUGUGAUGGAUCAUCCCGCCAAUUCCACUCAAUGCAAGGAAUGUAGAGAUCAGGGUUGAUAUUAGGAAACGACUUGCAGUGGGUUGCUAAAUUUAUUAUUACAUAUACUGGAAAAUUAAUGGUAUCAACCACUUGGUUCUAUAGUGUUAUACCCCCGAGGUAAAAUGCAGAACAAAAUGAUUGCGUCAGGCCAAAUGUCAGAAAUGAACCCUCAGAAGAGGAAGACGGUCAUACA